GGUCCCUUACUGAUGACGUAAGCGAGUCGGUGUUUACAAUGGCGGCUUUCUGCUAAUUGUGUGUUUUAUAGCAGCAAGAAACGGUUGUGGUUUUGCGAAAACAAGGCAGAUAUUUCUUUCACGAUGAGCAAUAGAACCUCUUAUUUUUACGACCCGGACGUGGGCAACUUUCAUUACGGUGCUGGUCACCCCAUGAAGCCCCACCGUUUGUCUUUGACUCACAGUCUGGUGUUGCACUAUGGACUCUACAAGAAAAUGAUGGUGUUCAAGCCGUACAAAGCGUCUCAGCACGACAUGUGUCGGUUCCACUCUGAAGACUACAUAGACUUCCUGCAGAAGGUCAGCCCCAAUAACAUGCAGGGCUUCACCAAGAGCCUCAACACGUUCAAUGUUGGAGACGACUGCCCUGUGUUUCCAGGCCUUUUUGAGUUUUGCUCCAGAUACACAGGCGCCUCCUUACAGGGAGCCACACAGCUCAACCACAAGAUCUGUGACAUUGCCAUCAACUGGGCCGGAGGUUUGCAUCACGCCAAGAAGUUUGAGGCAUCUGGGUUUUGUUACGUCAAUGACAUCGUCAUCAGUAUUCUGGAGCUUCUCAAAUACCACCCUAGAGUUCUGUACAUCGACAUCGACAUUCACCACGGUGAUGGCGUACAGGAAGCCUUUUACCUGACCGACCGCGUCAUGACAGUUUCCUUCCACAAAUACGGGAACUACUUUUUCCCGGGAACGGGUGACAUGUACGAGGUGGGCGCAGAGAGCGGUCGGUACUACUGCCUCAACGUUCCUCUCAGAGACGGCAUCGAUGACCAGAGCUACCGGCAGCUGUUCCAGCCGGUUAUCAAACAGGUGGUGGAUUUCUACCAGCCGACCUGCAUUGUUCUCCAGUGUGGAGCGGAUUCUCUGGGCUGCGACCGGCUGGGCUGCUUCAACCUCAGCAUACGAGGACACGGCGACUGUGUGGAGUUCGUAAAGAGUUUUAGGAUUCCUCUGCUGGUCCUGGGAGGAGGAGGGUACACCGUGAGGAACGUGGCUCGCUGCUGGACCUUUGAGACGUCUCUGUUACUGGAUGAAUCCAUCAGCGAUGAGCUGCCUUACAGCGAGUACUUUGAGUACUUUGCUCCGGACUUCACGCUGCAUCCCGAUGUGAGCACCCGCAUAGAGAACCAGAACUCCAGACCGUACUUGGAGCAGAUCCGUCAGUCGGUGUUCGAGAACCUGAAGAUGCUGAACCACGCGCCCAGCGUCCAGAUCCACGACGUUCCGUCCGACAUGCUGAGCUACGAGCGCACCGACGAGCCCGACCCCGACGAGAGGGGGGGCGACGAGAACUACACCAGGCCGGAGGCAGCUAACGAGUUCUACGACGGCGACCACGACAACGACAAAGAGAGCGACGUGGAAAUUUGACCUGCGAGGGCGAAAAGGAGCGGAGCUUUUGGGUCCAAACCUCACGUACGUCGCUGCAGACUGAACAGGAACUUUUCUGGAAGGACUGAAAAGACUCCCUGAGCUCCUCUUUUUCCUCCAUUUAGGUUUUCUUUAUAACCCCCCAGGCCCCCCCACGCGCUGACAUCAUGUUCUUUCCGACCCGUUGGAACAGUAACGUGAUGUUUGCGCCCUGUGUAGAACGUCACCGAGCACAGCGCCGCUACAGCAGUAUUCACAUUUCUAUAUUGUAACAGGCGGGGUGAGGCCAGAUGACACCGAAACAUGAGCACCGUGUCAUGUCAAGGUUUACAGGAUGUGCUCCUUAUUGUUUGGACUUUGUCAACUGGUAUCACGACGCAAAAGAACAACACACUUUCUGUAUGUGCUUAUGAAGAUGUGCACACCUAGAUGUUGCCAAUAGCAUAUUAUUUCCGUCAAUUUAUUUCCGUCACGUUGUGCUAGUAGUUAUUUCACGUGAGAAGCUGUUCACGUGUCUGCCCCGAUCCACGAGUCUCACAUUAGUCACUACAGAUGUUUAAAACAAAGCUCUGAAUUAUGGGACACAGAAUCUCAGAGGUACAAAUUAACCCGAUCAGUCGUUUAUAUUUUACAGUCCUCCAUUAUUCAUGUGCCUUACAGCUCUGAAAAGGCGAGCCUGUGUGUGUGUGUGUGUGUGUGUGUGUGUGUGUGUGUAGAGCUGGGCACUUUCAUAUCAAUGUUUCAUAUCAUAUCCCUUUUUUUUUUUUUUCUCCUUUUGAUUUAUACAAUUGAACAUCUGUGAAUGAGCCAGCUGGACUUGAGCUGAACUAAGCGGGAACUAGUUUCCUGUCUUUUCAUUCCAUUAUUCCCGUAUUCUCUGCUCUGUACUGUAUAUAUAUACACACACACACACACACAUAAAUGUAUGGCCUGUGAGUGUUUGUGAUGUAGAAGAGGGCGGACGCUUGCUUGUGGAACCUUUCGUAUCGAAGCAGGUAGUUCGGUUCAGACCUGGAGAGGCGGUCGCAGCAGGAAUGUCUUCGACCAUCUGCCACAUCCUCUUUUAGCCAGAAAUGGGUUUUUUUGUGGUUUCUUUUACCUUUUUUUUUUUUAUAUUGUCUACUUUUUAAUAAAAAAAUAAUUGAAUC